UUAUGCUAAAUCACUUUCUUUUCCUUGUUCUUAAUGAAAGACCUUUUCGAAGAAAACUAAAUCUAUCACUUCUUGGAAUAGUAGGAAACAGAAGUUCUCCAUUCAUUGAUUUUGUUUUCUAAAAAGAAAAAAAAAAGAAAAAAAAAAAGUUAUAUAAUAUAGGUAUGGUGGGUCCAAGAGAAGAACAUAGAUUGUAGGGUCCAUAAAAUAAAAUGCACAUUAAAAGAAAGACUUAUGCGCUUGAAAGUAACUCUUACAAGGAGCUGGAAAGGUUGUGGUAGUUUCGUCCGUUUGUGGUUCGAACAAGUUAUAAAUUGAGUCCACUUCCCCCCUUAAGUUACUUGUGUCUUUCUCUUACAACUCUUUUUUCUCUCAAAGUUUUUCUCUCAUUUCUAUAUAUAUAUAAAUAUUUCCCCUGUUUUUCUCUGUUUGCCUGGUUUCUCUCUUAAUUAAAGAUAAAAACUAGACACAUACAUACACUUGUGAAUUGUUUUUCAACAGAAGAAGAAGAAGCAAGAAUCAGAGAAAAUGACUAACCAAAAUGUGGUAGUUUCUGAUGGAAAACAAAGCUUAAAAGUGGCUGUUGCCAUGGCUAUGUCAAACUCUUCACUCUUCUCUCCGGCCGUGCCGAAGCCUCCUACAUCCACCGCAGGCCGAUUUAUACGCCGAAAAGUGGUUAAGAAGCUUGAAACUCAAGGUGCUCCACAAAAGAUCAAUGUUUGGGUUGAUUCCAUGAGAGCUUCUUCCCCUGCUAAAUCUCCUCCUUCUUCUCCUGAGCAUGAUACUUGGAUGGUCACUCAUCCAUCCGCAUUGGGAAUGUUUGAUCAGAUCAUAAGAGCAUCUAAAGGAAAGAAAAUUGUUAUGUUUCUUGAUUAUGAUGGAACCCUUUCUCCCAUUGUCCAAGACCCUGAUCGCGCUUUCAUGUCUGAUGAGAUGAGAGCUGCAGUUAAAACAGUGGCAAGAUAUUUCCCUACUGCAAUUGUGAGUGGAAGAGGCAAGGACAAGGUUUAUGAUUUUGUGAAAUUAAAGGAACUUUAUUACGCGGGUAGUCAUGGAAUGGACAUAGAAGGACCCGUUAAUGGAAGUAAUGAUAAAUCAGUUGUAUGCCAACCUGCAAGCGAGUUUUUGCCAAUUAUUAAUCAUGUUUACAACAAAUUAGUUGAAAAAACUAAGUUCAUUGAAGGUGCUAAAGUUGAAAGCAACAAGUUUUGCUUGUCGGUCCAUUUUCGCUGCGUUGAUGAGAAGAAAUGGCCUGAACUUGCUGAGAUAGUCAAAGAAGUUCUUAAUGACUACCCUAAACUCAAAAUGACUUAUGGAAGAAAGGUAUUAGAAAUCAAGCCCACCAUUAAAUGGGACAAAGGCAAAGCACUAGAGUUUUUGUUGCAGGCACUUGGUUAUGCAAAUUCUAAAGAUGUAUUACCAAUUUACAUUGGAGAUGAUAGAACAGAUGAAGAUGCAUUUAAGGUACUUCAGAAGAGAAAACAAGGAUUUGGGAUCCUUGUUUCCAAAUCUCCUAAAGAAACUUCUGCUGCAUAUACCCUACAAGACCCCUCUGAGGUAAAGUGCUUCUUACAAAGGUUGGUUGAGUGGAAGGAAGCAUCUCUGCGCAGUUACUACAAAUCUUAAUAAGAACAAGAACAAUCAACUUCACCCCCGAAAAUUUUUGUUAAUGGGGUUGAUUGUGUAAUUAGUUUUAGUUUUGUUUAUGGUAAUUAAUGAAAUGUAAUGAAGUAGUAGUAACAUAUGUAAGUUUAAUUAGUAUGUAGAGAGCAAAAAAAGAGGGGAGCUUUGAAAAUCAAAUCUCCCUUAAGAUUUUGUUCAGUAGCAUAUUACCCCCUUAAGAUAUUAGUAUAUUAGAUCGGGAGUUUCAAGCUAUGUAAUUAUUGUUUUUCCACCGUGAAGAUAUUAGUGGAAAAUAUGUUUUGAGAAUUGGAAUCUAUCUACUUUUUUUAUAA